UUUUCUUGCCUCCAAUUUACCUACUAUUUUAGAUUUUUAUUUUUGUCGUUAUUUUAAAUUACAAUGGUUCCGACGUGUUCGGACUUUUAUGCUCACAAUUAGAUCUUUAUCUGAAACGUCUUUUGGUCUUCCACUUUUUAUAACCCAAUUCUGAUUUCGACUCUUAGCUUAGGAACUCAACAGUCCCGUUCCGUUAUAAUUUUAAGCCAUUUCCCAUUAAAUUUACACGUCAAUUUGUUUUUAUGUAAUUUAGCCGUGUGCUCUAUCAAAUUUUUUUUUAAUAAAAUUACAAAAUGUUUCAGAUUAAGUUUAAAAAUAUUGGUAAUCUUUCACUAAAAUGAAGUUAGAAACUUGUGCUUAUUCUGGUUACAAAAUCCAUCCUGGACAUGGGAAACGUGUGAUUCGUUCCGAUGGAAAGGUACAAAUUUUUUUGAGUGCCAAAUGUCAGAAGGGUUCUGGUUUGAAGCGUAAUCCACGAGAUGUUCCAUGGACUGUACUUUAUCGUCGCAAACAUAAGAAGGGAAUUCAUGCCGAUGAAGGUCAGCAGAAGAAGCGCGUUAAACGUACUGUUCAUGCUACUUCUCGCCCGGUUGCUGAUAUGACUGUUGAAGCAUUAUUGGCACAACGUAACCAAAAACCAGAAUUUCGAAAGCAACAACGCGAGGCUGCAAUUAAGGCGGCUAAAGAAGCUGUGCGCGCUAAGAAGGAAGAAACUAAGCGAAAGGCUGUUAAAUUGGUUAAUUUUUUUGAAAUUAAUUUAGGAAAUAAGAGGGCAUUGUAUUAUAACGCUUUUGUUGAUUUUAUAAUUUCAAUUGCGUGUCGGAACAAUGCAAAAAUAUAA